UUCUACAGAGGCUUCAGGAACAACAGGGCAACUGCUGGUGACAUAGUCCAAUACUAUCAAUACUACGUGGCCAAGAAAGGCCUGAAGAAGAACUUCGUCUGUGGAACUCUGGUGACAUCUGUGAAGAGACUGAACUCAGAUUCAGAAGAGAGUUAUGGCGGUCAAGAUUCCAAGGACAGAAGCUCCAUGUGGGAUUUAUCCCAGGGAUCCCAAGAAAAUGGGAGCAGUCUCUUUCAGGUUGAUGGGUUUGUCACCAACAUCGCUGGCACCCAUCCCUUCUCGGUUUACGCGGAGAAUGUGGUCUUGGCCACGGGGACCUAUGAUAGCCCAACCCACCUUGGGAUCCAAGGUGAACAUCUCCCUUUCAUCCAUCACACGCUGUCGGCUCUCGAAGAAGCUGUCAAGAACAAGGAGGUCGGGGUCAUGUCGGACCCAAUCUUGAUCGUAGGAGCUGGCUUAACGGCUGCCGAUGCAGUCCUCUUUGCCCAUCAUUAUAAUAUUCCUGUGAUCCACGUUUUUCGGCGGCGAGUAAAUGACCCAGCCCUCAUCUUCAACCAGCUCCCCAAAACAAUGUACCCCGAGUACCACAAGGUCCACCAGAUGAUGAGGGAGCAGGCCAACCCUUACCCAGGACCGUACGAAUAUUACGUCAGUCUUCCCGAGCAUCACGUCAUCCGUUUUUCGGAGGACCGGAAGUGCAUCUUUGCGGACAAGAGUGGCCGUCAAAAAAUACACCCAAUCUCCAUGGCUUUUGUCCUCAUCGGCUCCAACCCCAACCUCGCCUACUUGCCCAACAAUGGGAUGGACUUAGCCGUUGACUGCGAGCAGCCGGUCAGUUCCAAGAGGAACCCAGUUGAUGUUGAUCUCUUCACCUAUGAGUCCGUUCACGAGAAGGGACUCUACGCUUUAGGGCCACUAGCUGGGGACAACUUUGUGAGGUUUGUGCAAGGCGGUGCAUUGGCCAUCGCUAGCUCUCUGCUGAAGAAGGUGAACAAAAAUCCUCCUUAAUGUUGGUGAAUGUGACUGCUCCUCUGAAGGAUGACUCUUGGCCAACUUUUGAGAGUGGGCAUUGGGUGUGUAGCUGUAUUGUCAGAUAUGAGGUCUGUCCUUGAAAACCUUCAAAACGGGCUGGGCUAAGCCAAGCUUCCAGCCCAAGAAGGUAGCAGCAGGAUCCUUGCAGAAUGUUUGACUUCUUAAUCCCUCUACCUCUGAGAGGUAGAGAUGGGUUAGGAAAGCUUGACUAGAUCCCAUUGUGCAAAUCAGGUGUUGCCUCAGUUAAAUCUGAAGCAAGUUAUCUCUCCAUGGAUAACCUGAAGAUCUCUGUCCACAUAUUCUGAAUUGCAGUGGAAGCAUUGUUUGCAUCCAAAAUAAUCCUUUUUGCUCACGUAAUGUUGGGUGGUGGGUUUGUAUUAAACUCUCAAAAUGAAUCAGAACAUAUUUUCAGCAGAUCCAUGAACGCACAACAAAGAAUGGGAAGAUCGCCACCGUGUUUCCCCGAAAACAAGACAGGGUCUUAUUUUCUUUUGACCCUCCCCGAAAUAAGCAUUUGGCCUUAU